AGAUGAAAUUGGAUUAAUACCCUGCCCUGAAGCCAGAUAUAACCGAAGCCCUAUCGUCCUGGUAGAAAACAAGCUUGGUGUGGAGAGCUGGUGUGUCAAGUUUCUUUUGCCAUAUGUCCACAAUAAACUUCUCCUCUACAGACAAAGAAAACAAUGGCUGAACAAAGAUGAGCUGAUAGAUAUCACGUGUACCCUGCUGCUGCUGAACUCUGACUUCACCACUGCUUGGAAUGUGAGGAAAGAAUUAAUACUGUCUGGCACUUUAAAUCCACUUAAAGAUUUGCAUCUUGGAAAACUGGCGUUAACCAAGUUUCCAAAGAGUCCAGAAACGUGGAUUCAUAGACGAUGGGUGCUGCAACAACUAAUUCAGGAAAACUCCUUGCCCAGUCUUGUGACUAAAGGAAACUUGGGAGCAGCACCUGUGGAGAGAAUUCACCGACUAGUGCAGGAGGAAAUGAAUGUCUGCUCUGAAGCUGCUGGGAGAUAUCCAAGCAACUACAAUGCCUGGUCCCAUCGCAUCUGGGUUUUACAGCAUUUGGGAAAGCUGACUGUCAAGGUUCUCCUUGAUGAACUUUCAUCCACUAAAUAUUGGGUAUCUGUGCAUGUCUCAGACCAUAGUGGAUUUCAUUACCGCCAGUUCUUACUCAAGUCCUUGAUAGGCAGAACUGUGACUGACAACAAUGUACUGGUACAAAAUCAAAUGGUAAAUGAGCAAAACCCUAGCCUUCAAAAGGAGGAGGAGGGUGCAGGGGCAGAAGCUGCCUGUGCGGAUGAGCAGAGCGUGGAUCUCCCCCGUCGUUUAGAGGAAGAGUUGGAGCUCUGCACUGAGCUGAUUGAUACUUACCCAGGGCACGAAACCUUGUGGUGUCAUAGAAGGCGUGUGUUCUACCUUCAGCACCACCUGACCAACAAACUUCCUCUUCUGAGUGCGGUGGUAUCAUCCGUGGACAGCAGUGAUGAAACUCUAAAUAAUGCCCACCACAGUCCUGCGACAAGUCACAUGGCACAAGUUAUGGAUGUUGAUGGUUUGAACGAAUCCAGCAGCAAACAAGGUUAUACUCAAGAAACAAAACGCCUGAAGCGUGCUCCUAUGCAGGACUCUCUUGGUCCAGAAAUGGAAUACCGGUUCAUUGAUAAAGUAUUAUCAACUUGUAGGGAUGCAGACCAAGCCAGGUUUGCCACUGCUUAUAGGAAAUGGUUAGUUACUUUUUUAGGUCAGUGAAGGAAGAGUUUAAAGCCUUCAGGGUUCUUCUUUUAGUGCAAUAUUCUCUUUUCAGACACAAGUGCAUGUCUUGGUUGCAAUUAUUAGCUAACCAUGUGUUUCUCACUCUUUCAAUGGUCAGUCCUAAA